GCAAUCACUGUCUGCUUUUCUAGGUUGGACAUUGAAAGAUGGGGCCUCUGUGAAGUCCCAACCAUCCUUCCUCUGAGCUGUUAGGGUGCCAUGCUUCUGCGCAGAAGCCAACUCCUCUCAGGGAGGCCAUGCAUGUGACAGUAAUAACACGCCAUUAAUGGCUAACGCAAGACUCCGCUACUUCCCAACCAACAAAUCCCUUCUCGCAUCAGACUGCUUUCCUUUUCCUCUCUGGUCUCGUGGGUUGGUGGCUCCAAGUUAAUGCGUGGGGGGCUGCGGGUGGCUUGGCCCGCUGCGGCCGAAGGGCGAAGCGGACGGAUGAUACGUGUGCCACUGGAGGUCGACCUCCAGUGGUGACAACCAAGAAUUCUGAUGCUGACAUCCAUGCUUUCAAACGCUGGUGAGAAAACGGAGAGCAGCCGCACCUGCCUUUCCGUGACAGCCACCUCCACGUCCGUCCUUUUUGUUGUUGGCACCAGCAGUUGGUGACUUGCGUACAUGAAACCGGGGACAGUGGAGCAAGUGGCUUCUCGCACAGUGUGCCCUACCGAUCCCCCAUUUAUAUCCCCCUCCCGCCUGUCGCCGGGUGAUCCAUCAGGUAAACUCCUCGAUUCCAAGACCACCGGCGAUGGGUUCUCUCAGGUUCAAGACCAUCGACAAGUGUAGCUCCGAUGGAAGGCUGGAGCAGACUGUGGCGGCGGAUCUCGACGGCACACUUCUCAUAUCUGGCAGCGCCUUCCCUUACUACAUGCUCAUGGCCAUCGAAGCCGGCAGCCUCCUGAGGGGACUCCUCCUCCUGUUGUCGGUGCCGGUGGUGUACGUCGUCUACGUGUUCUUCUCGGAGUCGCUGGCCAUACAAAUUCUGGUGUUCAUCUCCUUCGCGAGGAUAAAGGUGAGGGACAUCGAGAUGGUGGCGCGCUCCGUGUUGCCGAGGUUCUACGCGGAGGACGUCCACCCCGAGACGUGGAGGGUGUUCAGCUCCUUCGGCAGGAGGUACGUGGUGACGGCCAACCCCACGGUCAUGGUGGAGCCCUUCGUGAAGAGCUUCCUCGGCGCCGACAAGGUGCUGGGGACGGAGCUGGAGGUGACCAAGUCGGGGCGAGCCACCGGGUUCAUCAAGAAGCCCGGAGUGCUCGUCGGGGCCCUAAAGAAGAAGGCCGUCGAGAUGGAGUUCGGGGCGACCUCGCCUGACGUGGGCAUUGGCGACAGGGAGACCGAUCACGACUUCAUGUCCAUUUGCAAGGAAGCAUACAUGGCGCCGCACACCAAAUGCACUCCGGUGCCGAAGAUGCAGCUCCUGAACCGGGUGGUCCUCCACGACGGUCGCCUGGUGCAGCGGCCGACGCCCCUGGUGGCGCUGCUCACCUACCUGUGGAUACCCUUGGGCUUCGCCCUGUCGCUCCUCCGGGUGUACAUCAACCUCCCCCUCCCCGAGCGCAUCGUGUUCCACAACUACCGGAUCAUGGGCAUCCGCCUGGUGGUGAAGGGCACGCCGCCGCCACCGCCCAAGAAGGGCCACCCGGGCGUGCUCUUCGUGUGCAACCACCGCACGGUGCUGGACCCCAUCGUCACCGCCGUCGCCCUCCGCCGCAAGAUCAGCUGCGUCACCUACAGCAUCAGCAGGUUCUCGGAGCUCAUCUCCCCCAUCAAGGCCGUGGCGCUGUCGCGGGAGAGGGACAAGGACGCGGAGCACAUCAAGCGCCUGCUGGAGGAAGGCGACCUGGUGAUCUGCCCCGAGGGGACGACGUGCAGGGAGCCGUUCCUGCUGAGGUUUAGCGCCCUGUUCGCGGAGCUCACCGACCGGAUCGUGCCGGUGGCCAUCAACACGACGCAGAGCAUGUUCCACGGCACGAGCGCCAGGGGGUGGAAGCUCUUCGACCCCUACUUCUUCUUCAUGAACCCCCGGCCCACCUACGAGAUCACCUUCCUGAACCAGCUACCCAAGGAGCUCACCUGCGCCGGCGGCAAGUCCCCCAUCGAGGUCGCCAACUACAUACAGCGCGUGCUCGCCAGCACGCUGGGAUUCGAGUGCACCAACUUCACAAGGAAGGACAAGUACGGCCUGCUCGCCGGCACCGAUGGCCGAGUCCGCCCCAGGAAGGAGGAGGAGGAGGAGGACAAAGAGAAGGAGAAGGCGUAGCAGCAGCACACGCCAUUCCCAACACAAACAACAGAUUGUUCUGCUGGGCGUUCUCUAAGACGUGAUUGCAUUGGGUUGACUUGGUACAGAACUCAUCAACCGCCACUGGCGCAUGACACCUAGGAUUUAUAUUUAUCUGCAAUCAAUCUCAAUCUCCUGUCUCUUAAGUUAGUCUUCCUUGCAGUGGAGGGAGGUUGGGUCUUGUCCAUUAUUGUUGAGGUGAGGAAGUCUUAUGUUUCUAUAUGACGUUUCUGGAAUCAGUAGUAAGCUUUUCUUUUUCCAA